UAUACACAUAUGUAGCUAGAAACGUAUAAUGCAUGUUCAAAAAUUAGUACACACACAAUAUUUUUAUUACAACAUAAUUAAAAGCUUAUUUCACACUUGGUAAUUUAUACAUGAGCGUAUUUAAAUCUACACGUCGGUGAGAAAUGUGGACUCACGUAAUGGCACUGAAAUUAGUCAUUGUGUUUUUAAUAAAUGCUGUGAUCGCAAAUGAAUUGGUUCCCACCAAUGGGGUCGAAAUACCGACAUUAAUUUCAUCUGCAAAUCCAUCGCAUGAGAACCAACAUAAAGAAAUCACCCUAAAUAAUAAUCAGGCUCCAAAAACUCAUUACGACAAUGUGAUAGAACUAGAGAAAGAAGAGCCGACGUUAUGCCAGGGCGUCGCAGUUCUUAUACCAAUGCUAAACCAACUAAUCAAUUUAUUAAUGCAAGACCCAUCAAACGUCAGUAAAGUAUCAAGAAUUUCCGCCUUACUACAAGAGUACUUAAAAAAAAUAGCUGAUAAUGCACAAGCCCAUGAAAAUUUAAAAUUAAUAAACCAAGGUACAGCAAAUAAGGAUACGCUAAGAAUGGGCAUCUACGGGACACCUAGAGGCCAAGUUAAGACAAAAAUAGUUUUCAAAUACGAUGUUCCAAGUAUAAACAGACCACAGUGUAAAGAUGUGUUUAUGAGAUUGAUAAAAACGGCUUACGAUGCGUACAUACAACUAGCAAAAAACCCCAUGUGCCAAAACCCUGAUGGUGUUGAAGCAUUUCUAAAGAAAGCCUAUGAAGUACCUUAUGAUGGUAAUUCAGAUGUCAGUGUCAAUACUAAUAAAAUACCAGGUACAAAGGAGCAAUAUUCAAUUUACGAUUUACUAAAACCACAAGACAAUAAUUACGGAUACCACCAAGCUCCGAAUAAUGUUAAUGAUAUAAAUAUUUACGGAAAUUAUAAACCAAUUCUUUCUUAUGUUGAUUCUAAUGCUGGUAAUAUAGAACCGAAAUCUAAUAUUUUUGGUAAUUUGAUGGAUGAUAAACUAAAACCUGCUUAUGAUUUAAAUCCUUUUGGAUAUGGUAUAAAUCCUAAUACGUUAACACCAAAUGACCUGAACUUUUAUAAACCAGAAAACCAACCUACAGAAAAUGUGAAAUACGAUGGCAAUCUUAAUAUUUACAAUAUAUACGACAAUGUUAACAAAAAGGAGUUACUUCCACAAAAGGACAGUAAUAUUUUUAUUCCAGAAAAUUUUAAUUUUAAUCCAGAGAACUUGAAAGUUCCAGAUAAUUGGAAACCACCUGUAAACAUGGAUAUGAAUGGGCAAAGUCAGAACUCUUUAGAAUCAAUCAUGUCUAUGUUGGCCACAGCUAAACCGCCUGAAGACAAAAAUGGACAAGACAAUUCUCAAUUAAAAUAUCUAAUGUAUCCAGACACAAACGUUAACAUUCCGAAUCAAAAUAUCUAUCCGUAUCAAAACCAAAAAUUGAUUUAUCAAUAUGGGACACCCGGUGUCACAAAUCUGGACAAUCCAUACCAAAAGGAACCCCAAUAUAAAUACACAUCGAACCAAUUCGAAAUUCCAAACAUGGACGCUAAUUCAUAUCAACAAAACGUGUACAAUAAUUAUUUAAACAAGUUACCCGUAUUACCCAAUUUGCAACAAUCCGACGGUGUGACAAAUGCAUUGAAAUUAGAUCCAUCGAGCGCUAGCGUUAUCGAACUCACGUUUGUGCUCAAACGCGCCACUCCACUCAUUUAUCAACCUUUAUAUUUCGUUAAAUUCAGAAUUCCAUAUUCUACUUUCUUGACUAAUAUGAAUAAUUUGCUCUUGGCAAAGCCACAUUUAAAAAUUAAUCCUUUGAAAUUGUAUCAGGAGUUAAUAGCCUUGUCUAAUGUUUCGGAUAUAUCUCCUUCAUUGAGGGGAUAUAAAAAAGAAGAUAUUUUGAGACUGGCGUACAAAAAUGGAGAAUUGGUUACGGCUAAGUUUGUUAAAGACGAUAGCGCAUUAAACGAGCAAUUGAAAUUAGUCCAAAGAUUUAAUUCUGGUAUCGGAGCUGCGGAUAUUUUGAAAUUAACUAAUAAGAAUAAUCUUUUAAAAGCUGGUAUUCCCGAAAGCAAUUCAUCAAACAUUCGUACCGGGCUAACACAGUAUGGUCAACCUAAUGUGUCUUAUUUAGACCUUGGCAGCACUGGAGUGGGAUUUAAUGCCGAACCAAUAAAUCAUAAUAAAGAAGGGUUGGAAACUACGAAAUACGGUGUGCGUCCUGUAACCUUUGCUUCCUUCGGUACCAACGUAGUACGGCCUCAACAACUCAGUCUAGGCGCUAAAAAAUCAAGUUAUGGUACAUUUUCACUCGGAGUACAAGGAUAAUGAGAAUUUUGUGAUGUUCUUGGCUUAAUAAAGAAUACAAUUAUGUCGUUUU